UCUCCUGUACGGGCCAGCUGGGAUCUGAAGACGGCCUGGGCCGUCCCAGCAGCCCAGCGAUGCCUGGCGGAGCCUGGGCGCUGGCGACCGCGCUGAUGCUCCUGGUGCCCGUGGAAGGUCGGCGAGCUCAAGAGUGCUCUCCUGGAGGCCACAAGUUCCUUCGGAGUCCUUAUAGAAGUAUUCACUUUGACUCAACCCAGCUGCUCCAGAACUCAGCUGCUCCGGACCUGAUAUGUGACCAUUCUCUCACUUUGGCAUGGUACCGAUUUCUCAUCUUUGACAGACCUGCUGAGAUGCCAACUAAAUGUGUCGAGAUGAACCACUGUGGAACUCAGGCUCCCAUCUGGCUGUCUCUGAGAGAUUCAGAAACACUGCCUCUUCCUGGAGAGAUCAAGAAACUGACAGCUUGUGCCACUUGGCAGUUCUUGUUUAGCAGUCAGAAAGACUGCUGCCUCUUUCAAAUCCCAGUGUCUGUGAGAAACUGUGGGGAUUUUUUUGUGUACUUACUGCAACCCACUCAGGGCUGCAUGGGCUACUGUGCCGAAGCUAUUUCUGGUGCAAAACUACAUACUUGUGGCCCCAAAGAAAUAGAAGUUGGAGGUGACUGUGUUGGUCCUCUGUCCGCAGUCCUGACAACUCCGCCUCUGCCUCCAAGCAGGCCAGAGGUGGUGGUGGAGCUGAUGGAGUCCAGGCUGUUCUUUAGAUGUGCUUUCGAUGCUUCCCCCUCCAACAACUCGAUGGGAUUCCUCAUAGCUUGGUCCAGGCUUUCUUCUCAAGGCAUCAAAGAAGAGUUGAAACAAGAGACCACAGUACAGGCAUUCUCUCUGUUAGAACUUGAUGGCAUUAAUGUCAGACUUGGAGACAGGAUAUUCUGCACUGCUUCCAUCUUUUUCUUGGAGAAGCCAGAUGUUCACAGUUUAGCCAUCGAAAGCUGGGAAUUUUUUGCAGGAAUUAAGUUGCAACCUGAGAUGAGCACAAUAUGGGAAGAUGGAAAGGAAUAUCAGCUGAGGAUAGAGAGCACAGUGCCUAUCAUUUGUCCUGAAUACAGUGAGCCUGGGCAAGAAUGCAAAAUUGUAUUAAAACUAAAAACCAUUGAUCAAGGUAAAGAGCACCUAGGCCUAAAUUUGGCAUUGACUUCCUGCCAUGUGGAUCUUCACAAGACAUCUUCCUGCACCAACGGGACGUGCGGUCAUGCUUCAGUGAACUAUACUGCUGUCACGGACUUGUCUCUAGAUGGAGAGAGAGUUACGGAUGUCGUUGUGGAACCGAUAGUACAUGAGGAUUUCCUGUGGGACAGCUAUACUCCAGGAAGCAUCCAGAUCACAGUCAAGGACGUCCCAUCUGCUUACUGCUACUCAUUUACUGACCCUCAUAUAAUCACCUUUGAUGGCAGGGUAUAUGAUAAUUUCAAGACUGGAACAUUUGUGCUUUAUAAGAGUAUGUCUCGUGACUUUGAAGUACAUGUACGUCAGUGGGACUGUGGAAGCCUUCACUAUCCUGUGUCCUGUAACUGUGGAUUUGUUGCCAAAGAACAAGGAAAUGUUGUUACUUUUGACAUGUGCAGUGGACAGUUACAUGGAUCACAGCCAUAUUUAUUUGUAAAGAGCCUAGAUACUUCUAGGAGUGUCAAGAUAACUGAGUCCUACUUAGGAAGAAAAGUCACAAUCUUGUUUUCUUCGGGAGCAUUUAUUCGCGCUGACCUGAGCCAGUGGGGCAUGAGUCUAACCGUCAGAGCCCCCAGUAUAGAUUUCAGAAACACACUGGGACUUUGUGGGACCUUUGAUGAAAAUACAGAAAAUGAUUUCCAUGAUAAAAAUGGCAUCAAAAUUGAUCAAAAUUUCAAUAAUCAUAUUGCUUUUAUUAAUGAAUGGAGGAUUUCCCCAGGAAAGAGCAUGUUUGAUACCAUGCCAGUUUCUCAGCUGUUCCCUGGAAAUCCAUCCUAUUGCAGCUGUUCUGCGGGUGCUUCCUGGGAGUAUCCACUUUCCAGUCCUCUGCACAGUGGUUCGCAUUCAGAGUUGGCUUACGGUUGCACAGACUUCAAUAAUGUCCUGUUCUCUUCUUUGAUACCAGAGCUAGAUAUCACCGCUGAGUACAUUAACUCAGACACUCGUGUCAGAAAGACACGCAAGCAUACAUCUGGAGAAGAAAAUAAUUUGAAUUUCAUAGGGCAAGAAAAGACCCAUGUAAACCUUGCUGAUUUGGACUUAAAUCCACAGCAUCCUGGGAGUGCAAAACAACUUCCACUGAACUUCUUGGACUAUGAGAGACUCACACAGGACCAGGGUAGCCGCAGCCAAGAAACCAGGAGUCUGCGAAGCAGAUGGAAACGUCGCAGCUCCACUGACUUUCCUUUUCUCUUGAUGCUGCAGAACCUCAGUCAAACCAACUUCGAGGAGUUCUCUUACUUUUUCCCCGAGGACCAUGCUGGGGAUUUCCACUAUGAGUUUCUCCCCUCGUGGCCCACGCCCUCUGGCCUCACCGAAUUCAGUACCCUGGCUCUCUGUCAGCAGACACUAGCCAACUCCAGCAUAGGAAGGCUCUGCCUCCCCUUUCUUGGCAUGAUCCUAGACCACGCCAUCGAUAUGUGUGUUAAGGAUGUUCAGCUCAAAGAUGAUGUGAGCUGGGCUGAAGCAGGAGUGGCCCUGUUAGAAAAUGAAUGUGAAAAGGGUAUCUUGCAAGAGGGGAAACAUAACACAGAAGAAAAGGUUAAGUCAAUUCAAUACAUUCUUUUGGCUCUACGAUGCCCCAAUGCAUGCAGUGGUCAUGGGCAGUGUAUGGACUGGGGCUGUGCAUGCUUCCCGGGCUAUGGUUCCUAUGACUGCAGUGAGAUGUAUGACAGAGUUCCUGAAAUCACAGAACUUGAGUAUUCUGGAUACUGUGAUAUUCAAAAACAUAACUGUGGCGUGGUGAGAGUUUUUGGUCAAGGCUUCAAAGAGUCACUUUCUAGCAAGUGUGAAGUUAUUAAACUGCAGUACAAUGACAGUAAGUGGGUGAUUGGAGAACCUGUCUAUUCACAGACAGUUUUUCAAAACAGUAGAGCUGUGGAUUGUCAGCUGCCCACUGAAGGCCAUCUUGAUACCAUGGAUAGAAUGAAUGAAAACUCACUUGCAAAGUGGCAGUUAAAGGUAUCUAAUGAUGGUUAUACAUUUAGUAAUCCCAAAAUAAUGAUCAUAUAUGAUGGUGCUUGUCAAGUUUGUGAUCGCUCUGGAAAUGAUGACUUAUGUACUAUAAAGGAAAAUUUUUGUGUCAUUGAUGGACACUGCUAUACCAAAGGGCACAAAAAUCCUACCAGUUCUUGUUUGAUUUGUACACCCCAAAACUCAACAUUUACUUGGUCUCUUUUGGCAGGUAACCAACCUCCCCUGCUUCAAACAUUACCAGAUCCAUUACAGGCUUUUUAUGGGGAGGACUUCCAAUACCAGUUUAUGGCCCUGGAUCCAGAAGGUUCUGAGAUCCAUUUUUCACUGGACUCUGGCCCCGAAGGAGCAGACAUUUCCUCUACAGGACUUCUUACAUGGAAAACAGAGUUACAAACUCCCCAGAGAUUCACUCUACACCUUAAGGAUGACUGCCAGGCUGAAACUAUAGUCACAAUUGAGGUGAUGGUAAAGUCUUGUGAUUGCUUGAACGGUGGCUCAUGUGUGUCUGACAGGACAUUUCCUCCAGGAAGUGGAGCAUACUUAUGUGUCUGCUUGCUGGGCUUCCAUGGUAAGAACUGUGAGGAAGAUGUUGACGAGUGUGAAUUGGUGCCUUGCUUUCCAGGGGUAGAGUGCCUCAAUACCUAUGGUUCCUACCAUUGUGACUCUUGCCCAAAAGAAUUUUCUGGUGAUGGGAAAAUAUGUCAUGAUUUUAAUUUUCAACCACAAUCAACAGAGCAUGUAUUAAUGGGUACCCAUAGUCCUGCUACCAUUGUCCAGCAGUUCUUGAACAUGGUCAACCUCUCCAACAAGCCACUGAAAUCAGUUACCACACAAAUGGAUACAAAGGAGGCUAUUUCUCAUCCGAUACCAAGUUAUGAGCAUGUGGGUCAUGGUUUUAAUGCAAACCUCAGUCUGGAAGAGCUGCAAAGUUCUGGGAACAAUAGUAGUUCUUUAAGCAUCAAGCCAGAGAAUGCCAGUGGCGAAGGCAAAGCUGUUAUCCACAGCAUCAUCCAGACAGAAACAGGAGGACAUAAUGCUCAGAUUAGCUUGUCUUUCCAAAGUUCUACCCAGCACAAGAUUACGUUGUUGGCUACUGAAGCAACCACUAUUAUGCCAGAAAAGUUUGAAUCAACCAAAGUAUCAAAUUGCACUGAGUCAUCCUGCUUUCUGGGUGUUUCCUGUGUUCCAGCCACAAAUGGUCACUUCAAAUGUGGACGCUGCCCCUUUGGGUAUUAUGGAGAUGGUAUUACUUGCAAAGCAAUUUGUAGACACUCAUGUGGGAAAAACAUGGAGUGUGUUGCCCCAAACGUAUGUAAAUGUAAGCGUGGCUACACUGGAGCUAAUUGUCAAACUGCUGUGUGUCACCCUGCUUGUAAAAACCAUGGGAAAUGCAUUAAGCCUAACAUCUGUCAAUGUCCUCCAGGGCACAGUGGAGCAACCUGUGAUAAAGGAUCUGACUUAACAAUAGAAUCUGUGUCUGCAGAACAUUGCAGCCCAGCCUGUCAACAUGGUGGCACGUGCUUACCUGGCAACCUCUGUACCUGUGCUUAUGGCUAUGUAGGACCAAAUUGUGAAACAAUGAUCUGUAACAAGCACUGUGAAAAUGGGGGUGAAUGUCUUGCACCAGAUAUGUGUCAGUGCAAGCCUGGCUGGUGUGGGCCUACCUGCAGUACAGCUCUGUGUGAUCCUCUUUGCCUCAAUGGUGGUUCCUGUUACAAGCCAAACACAUGCCUCUGCCCAGCUGGAUUCUUUGGUGCACAGUGUCAGAAUGCUAUCUGUCACCCUCCCUGUAAGAAUGGUGGCCACUGUGUGAGAAGCAAUGUGUGUGCCUGUCGUCAAGGAUACGUCGGGAGGAGAUGCCAAAAAAGUAUCUGUGACCCUAUGUGCAUGAAUGGAGGAAAAUGUGUGGGGCCAAACAUCUGCUCCUGUGCUUCUGGCUGGAGUGGCAAGCAAUGCAGCUCACCUAUCUGUGUUCAGAAAUGUAAAAAUGGUGGGGAAUGCAUCGCUCCCAAUAUCUGUCUUUGUCCUUCUACAUGGGAAGGUGUGCAGUGUCAGAAACCAAUUUGUACUCAGAAGUGUCUUUAUGGAGGGCGAUGUGCUUCUCCCAAUGUGUGUUCCUGUCGCACUGGAUAUGCUGGAGUUAAAUGUGAAAAGAGAAUACAGGUAAAACAUCACUGGGUAACAUGAAGUAUAUGCAUCUGAAGACUUUAUCCUAAAAAUGGAAACUAGUCCGAAGCUAACUCUUGAAUUUUAUUUUAAAAAUAUUACAAAGACUAGAGAAACUGAUAAAAUGUGCAGUGGCUUUGAUUGUCACUGUUAGAGAAAAGCAAAACAGAAAUCCAGCUCACCUAAAUCUUACUGUUGAUGUGCUUUGAUAGUUACAUAUUGAGAUGAUAUAACUGGUAAUUCAGCCAUGCAUAAUAUUUAAUAAAUUCAAUAUUUUCCUCAUUUCCAGCUGUGACUUUGUAGCAUCAAGGCUCAGUCAGUGGAAAAUAGCAUCUUUAUGUCUCUAAUAUAUACAGUCUUCAAUGUUGCAGUGGAUAUUUGCAGGGUUGUCAUACAAAUGGCAUGAAGAUAGAGAGCCAGAGGUUAGGAAAUGCAGAGGCUGAUGCUGAGAACUCCAUCCUGAAGCAUCACGCCAGUGCUUCCCGAAGCUUUGCUGGAGCGGCUGCACUAUGAGAGCAUCUUCAGUAUCAAACACUGACUCCCUCAGGCAAAGAGGGUCAUUCUCAAGCAUGUGCUACACGUAUGAGCCACUGUGAAUCUUUGAUCUACCCAACACCUAUCUGCAAGUACCUGUGGAAGAAUAAGAGCUGUGUCCUUGUUUCCAUCCUCCACAUCUCCAGAAGAUUCUUUGUGGGGAAAGUGGUAAUCAGAGAUGGCAUGAUAAAAGGUUCACAUCUUGCUGAUCUGACUAUAUUCCUGACAAGAAAGCUACACUCUUCACUGAAAAGAAUACUUUGUUUUUUCCAUGUUCCCCUUCCCCCCCUCCAGCCUUCCUAUUGCUCCAACUCAUACCAUUCCUGGGUAAGGAAGAGAAAUAAAAACAUGAUUUGGUUUUAGAAAA